GAGUUUGGAUGUUCAACAGAAAUGACAACAAACCCUCCAGUGCCAGAAUAAAGAAAAUCUGGAACAGAGAAACCCUUUCAAAAGACUUUCAGAACAAAAACCGUGCUGCUAUCCUGGCAGAGCUCAAACAGGAGAAGAAAAAGUUAAUAAUGCAGAAUCAGUCAUCAAUGAACAAUCCUGGAGCCAGUAUUCCUUUAUCAAGACCUGCUUUUGCUAAAGAUUUUCGAGACCAUGCUGAGCAACAGCACAUAGCAGCACAACAGAAAGCGGCCUUGCAGCAUGCACACGCACAUUCAUCAGGAUAUUUCAUAACUCAGGACUCUGCAUUUGGAAAUCUUAUUCUUCCUGUGUUGCCACGUUUGGAUCCAGAAUAACCCAAAAUAAUGGCUGUCAAACUGACGGGGACCUUUUUUUUAUAUAUAAACAAGACUUCAUUUUUCACAUCUGAAAGAAUAUCAGUAAAGAGAAGAGAACGUUAAUUGAUCUGUUCAUCGACUGAUGCCAUCAGUGGACUGUGAAAGUUCAACUUGCUGAACUUUGUGUAUGGAUAUUUUGUGUGAGAGGAAAAGAAACGGCCAAUUUGUGUUUAAAAACCUCAUUGUAAAAGUUUGGCUUUGAUUUUUUUUUUGGUGACUAGCCCUAGCUUGGAGUAAAAUUCACCAACACCAAAGGAAAAGCCAAAUGUUCUGUAGCAAUUUAAGAGUAACUGACCAUAAUUUGGAUAUCUAUACAACUUCAACAAACAGUGAGGCCUUGGUUAUGCAACCUCUGUUGUGAGAAAAGCAAUACUUGAUUGCUGUCUGCUGCUUGCGUUUGAAUCAUCACACAAAUGGCCUCAACCUUACAUGCUGCUAAUUGGACCAGACAAGCUCCUGCUGUCUAAAUUGUGCAAAUUUAGAAAUAUACAAUUAUGAGAGGAAACUUACAGUAACUGUUUCCUAAAAAUCUUAGUUGCAUAUAAAUGUAUUCUCUCCAGUAAUUCAGUUGUGGCUGAAAUAAUAUAUUUGGCUUUUAGUGCAGCUAUUUAACCCUUUACUUGAUGAAUGUGAUUUUGAGUAACCUGCUAAAGAUGAAAGGCUAUUUUAUUAACUGCUUGCACAAAAAGGUUUUUUUAGUGGUAUUUUGUGAAACAUCAACAGUAUUCACCACUUCUUGCUUUGGUAUAAUUUUGUUUUUUAACUGAGCUAAUAACUUUGGGUGGCUGUACUCAAAAACUUUUAAGUGUUGCAGCAGGCAACAUUCGGAACUAGUUCUAGUUUAUCAAGCUAUUAAAACAGGAAAUGCUGGGAAUAUUCAGGCAGCACCAGUGGAGAAAAAAACAAUUAACAUUUUCAGAGUGAUGACCUUUCAUCAGAACUAGAUAAAGUAAGAGAUGUAACAGAUGUAUAGAGACAGGGAAUGUGGGAGAUGGAAGGGUAAAAACCUGUUACAUCUCUAACUUUUUCCAUUUCUGACAAAAAUUCCAUUGACCUGAAACGCUAACCAUUUCUCUCUCCACAGAUGCUGAAUGACCUGAUGAGUAUUUCUAACAUUUUCUGUUUUAAUUUCAGAUUUCCAGCAUCUGCACUAUUUUCUUUUGUAUUAGUUACUUGAGACUAUUCCUCCACUUACUUCUCGGUUCACUACUUGCACAAUAACUGUUGAGGAGUGUUAAGUUCUGUGUUCAAAUCAGAAAUGUGCUAAACACAAGAUUAGCGAUCAUAUCCCUCAUUGCUCCAAAUUACCAUCUAUAAUCAGGGGUGGGGAACCUUUUUCUUAUCAAAGGCCAUUCACACACACAUAAUCAGUCACAGGCCACACACACAAAAACCAACUUAAUUUAACUUUUUGAGAGAAUACAGAAACGUUCAACUCACCUUUUAAUGUGAUGGCCGAGUUUGCUUUUCCUUAAUGAACCUUAUUGUAGAUUCUACGCAGAUCACAAUUACUGGUACUUCAGUCUGGAUUACUGCUGCUUCCAAAACCUCCUGCCCAUCACUGCUGUGUUUGCACCAGUAUCUCCUCAAUGACAGCACUUGCCCUAGAUUGGUAAGCAAUUGAAACUGGGACACCUCUCAUGGGGACAUCUCUCACCUGGGUCUAUCCUGGGACAGCUCUCACCUGGGUCACCUCUCACCCACGACCAAGCCAGAGCAUCAGUCAAAGGAGUUAAAACUGAAGGGAGAUUGGACUGGGAAAGGUUCACUUUUUGCCUUGUCAGUUUCAAUCUUUAGCUUCAAUGUCACUGGUUUCAGUCCAGUUCCCAGAUUGUUUUUUCUGGGGUUUAGUUUUGAAAUUAGUUCCCAUCUCUGUUUAAAGUGAAGGAACUAAAUAACCAACAAAUGAACUCCAGUAAACCAUCUCAAAUGUCAGAGUAACUGGUUUCUCAGACUGGUUUGCCCAUCGCUUUUAAAGGGCUGGAUAUUGUUUAUUCAGAGAAUGGGGCACUCCUCCUUGAAUCUCCUGCCUAAACUGUUUGUACUGCGCUUCCCCUGUUCUGGCUGUGUAUUUCGACAAAGAAGCCCCACAGUGACUGUUAACCUUUACUCAGUAAAUGGUGGAGAUGUAUGCACCAUAUGCACAUAUGUUUUUUGAAAUCUCACUGAGGGACAGGGGUUCCCCACCCCGAUCUUUAACUUGGUUAUGGCAGAGGACUGGGAUCAGGUCUGUCUGUCACAGAUGGUUUGAGAUGUAUGGAAUUAAAAUAAUUUCCAAAUAAGUGAAGGCCUAAUCUAAUGGAGAAGGAGCAAAGAAAAGGAACAGCCCCUUCCUCCUCCUCUUUCCCCCCCCCCCCCCCCCCCCCAACCACCAAAAAAAAAAUGAUUCAGCAAUUUUGUCUGGUGAGUUACUGACCACCUUAAUGAGCAUGAUUGCUGCUUUCAUCGCUGGUCUGCAGUCUGUAACAAGUUCUCCAGCUGGGGCAGCAAUGACUGUGCCUCAGUUGGCCUUGUUUGAGAAUAGGCAAAAAGAACAGCCAUAACUUUCACUACUGAUCACUAACCAUCAAGCCUUGCUGGAAGUGUGGGCUUUAAGUGAGGGUGAGACUUGGCAUGCUGUGGUUCUUCCUGCUGAUGCUAAUCAACAAAGCUGAAUGGCUGCUUGCAGUCCCAGAGGGUAAAAGGCACUGUGUAAUAAUGCUUCAGCAAGGAGUUGAAGGAAGGGAGAACAUUUUCGUAGAAAAUCAAUUUAAAAGCAGGAAAAGGACACUAUAAAGUGUUCAUCUCAUUGCUGUUGUCAAAGUUAUUUUUGUAGAUACCAAUUUGUUUAUUCUUCAAAGUGCUGUGUCACAAGUUCUUUAUAGCAGCAAAUUUUCUCCUGUCGUUUAAAAAUUGCAUUUGUGCCACAGUCAUAAUUUUAGAGCCAGUGUUAUAUGAUAUUAUCAGCAAAAGAAACAACCCAUUUUUAUGCCAACUUGCCCAUAACUGUUUGUGCUGCAGAUGUGCCUCCUCUCGCCCCUCUUCCACACAUCCUUCGAUUCCUUUCUCCCUUGUCUUCAUCUAGUUUCCCCUUAAUGCAUCUGUGGCAUUCGCUUCAACCAGUCCAUGUGAUAGUGUUCCACGUUCUAACUAUCUGGGUUUAAAAAAAAAGUUCUUCCUGAAUUCCUCAUUAGACUUAUGAGUGAUAAUCUUGAUAUUUAAAGCUGUAGUCACAAGUAGCAUUAUCUUCUCUACCUUUACCUGAGAAAGCCCUUUCAUAAUUUUUAAAGAUCUCUAUUAGUUUACCCCUCAGCCUUCUCUCUUCUGGAGAAACAUGCCCCAGUCUAUUUGUUAAGAAUAUUGAAUGUGACCCAACUUAAGCCCUGGUGACUAACAAUCUAUUUUAAAUAGUAAUAGAUUGGGUGCCUUUUGUGUUCUGUGAAAAUGGUCUUUUGUUUUACAGGUUUACAACAUUAGAAAUUAGCAAUGUUUGUUGAACACUAAUUGAACAAAACUUUUGAAGAAAACCAAAUGGUAAACCAGAAGGCAAAACCCUCUGGGAUGUCAGUUUCUUAACAAUAGAUCCAGAAUAAAACAUCUGAGUUCUCACAAAAGCUCAUCAACCUGAAACAUUAACUCUGUUCCUCUCUCCACAGAUGUUGUCAGACCUGCUGAGUAUUUCCACCAUUUUCUGUUUUUAUAUCAAACUUCCAACAUCAAUGAUAUUUUGUUUUUAUAAACUUAUCUGUUCCUUUUCAUGCGUACAACACAAAGGAACAAUUUUUUUUGCAUGUGUUUCAGUGACUGUACCCAUUUUAUUUAGCCUAAUUUUAUUUAGGUUGACAAUGAUUUAAAUAACCAAGUUCACAGUGGGAAGGUGAGUUUGUGUUCCUUUUUGUCAGUUUCUCUCGGGCACCAGGUGUUUGUGGUUCCUUAUAGAUUUAAAAUGUAUUAUGAGCCUUCAAGCAGAAUGUGGCAUAUUAAUUAUCUCUUGGAGCCCAGCAUGUAUCCAUGUGUUCUGGUUCAAAAGGGUGAUUAUUUCAGUGGCGAGUUGAAUCAUUAUUUCCAGGUAUUGUGUCCACCCAGUUUACUAGUGUGUUUCAUUAAAAUGCUGAUGCAAUUACUUACCAUUUAUGAUAUUUUAAAUAGUACAAUAAACCUACUUGGUUACCACAUUGGAUUUUUAAAAAAUGUUUCAUGCAUCCAACCUCUGAUCCCAAUAGUUUGUACCUUGUUGGUGCUUUUCUCUGUAAAAACAGCAUGUCAGCUGCUAAUCACACUCCUUUCAGAAACGGCUUCUGAAAAACAAAGCUGAAGUAGUGACACAAUUUCUCAAGCUUUUCUACAUUGAAGACUUUGGGCUAGCUUAAUUUGACAGUUUGGAUAUAUUGGCAAGGAUUUUUUGGCUGGUGCUUUGAUACAAUAAGUCCUUACUCCACAUUCUGAGGAGACCCAUGAGAUGAACCAAUAUGGAAAUAAAUAUGAAUUUUUUUUCCAACAGGCAUUUAAGAUGGAUAUCCUUAUUACCUGAAUGUUUUUUUUUCCUGUUUGAGGGUUAAUCUCCCCUUGGGUCCUAUCUUUGUCAGAACUGAAAAUUCUCAAAGCGAUUUGUAUUGGCUUGUGAGAAAAUAUAUUUUAAAAAACCUUGUUAGAUUUCUGCAGAUUUUUAAGCUCAACAGUAAAUGUCCAUUGAGCAUCAUCAGUUGGUUCCAAGUCACCUGAUUGUAGACUAUAUUGUUGGUCAUGUCAGUCAGCUUACCUUUUAUAAAGGCUGUCUUUUGAAAGAGAUGUGCAUCUACAUGGUGCCUUUCAUGACCGGGCAUCUCAAAGCACUUCAUAGGCAAUAAGGUACUUUUUGAAGUGUAGUCACUUUUGAAUGUAGGUAACGCAGUAACCAAUCUCCACAAGACAAACUCUCAAACAGUAAGGUGAGAAUGACCCAAUCAUCUGUAUUUAAUGAUACUUACUCCACUGGGUGAUGUAAACAAGUUUCUAAUUCCCAUUAGAUGUCAAGAUGGUGGAAUAUCUGCAAUGUUACCUGAUCUCUUAUGUUGACCAACUUUACUUUGAAUAGAAUUUAUUCAGCUACAAAGCAAAUUCAGGUUAUGAAAUGGCCAAUCUUUUGAAAUGUAGAAAAAAAUACCAAAAUGUAGGGGCUUUUAAACAAAAUCUUCAGUUUAAAUGUGUAUCAAGUGGGGUAGUAACAGAAGUAGAUCAGAGGCUAUUUGUAGGCAAGAGGCUGACUAUUUGCUUAACGAUUCUGAAUUGUCUUCCAUCUAUUUUCAGUGCAUUAUGUCAACAUUAACCUUUAAAGUAAUGAAACAUCUCAAGGCACUUUACAGGCGCAUUAUAAAACGAAGUAUGACAUUAGGGCAAAUGAGAUAUUAGGUCAAACGACCUGAGGCUUGGUCAAAGAGGGAGGUUUUAAGGAAAGUUUAAAGGAGGAAAGCAAGGUAGAGAGGGGGAAGGUUGAAAGAGAAAAUUUCUAAGCAGCUGAAGGUACAGCCGCCAAUGGUGGAGCAAUUAAACUCGAGGAUGCAUAAGUGACCAAAAUUAGAGCAGCACAGAUAUCUCAAGGCUUUGGAGAUUCCAGAGAUAGGGGGCAGCAAGGCUAUGGAACGAUUUGAAAACCAGGAUGAGAAUUUUCAAAUCAAGAUGUUGCUUGACCAGAGCUGAUGUAAGUCAGUGAGCACAGGGCUGAAAGGUGAACAGGACUUGCAAAGAGCUAAGGCGCAGGCAACAGAGUUUUUGAUGACCUCAAGUUUAGGAAGGGUAGAAUGUGGGAGACCAGCCUGCAGUACCUUUCGGUUUUUUAAACUUCAUGCAUGUUAGGUGACCCUUUGCCAAUGCCAACCUGCAUUUAUUGGAAUUAAAUGGUCUUAUUUAAUAAUUAUUUAAUAAUUUAAAUAUUCAAUUGGAAUUAAAAAGUGUGCUGGGAAUGAAUCCACUGUUUGUUUUCUUUCUACCUUUUACUUCCCCCGCAACCCCCCCCACUUGUACCUGCCCACUCCGUACGCAUGCCUGAGAUGAAUUAAGGGAGCCCAAACUACCAUACCCUGAGGCUGUUGGUGAUCAUGGACUUCCAUUGUAUUGGUUCAUGAUUAUGCUUGGCAAAGUAUUGCAGUGGUUUGCCAUUGCCUUUUGCAGUAUGGCUGACCAGGAAACACUCUUCCCACCUGCCAUCAGGCAUAUUGGAAGGAUUUACUGGCUGAUAAUCAACCUGUUUGACUGUGUUAUGAGCACACCUUCCACAUCCAUCAAGUUGUGAGGUGGGACUUGAUCCCGGAGUCUCUGGCCCCGAGGUAGGGACUCUGCCACUGCACCACAAGACCUCCACAAUACAGGGACUUAAAAAGGUUGAAUUAUGAGGGCAUGUUGCAGAGACUAGGUUUUAUAUUCCUCUUAAAAGAUUUAAGGGGUGAUCUAAUUGAUCCAAGGAAUUGAUGGAGUAGAUAAAAAAAAAUUCCCCGGGUGGGACAGCCCAGAACAAGAGGGCAUAACCUUUAAAAUUAGAGCUAGACUGCUCAAGAAACACUUUCACAGAAAAGGGUAGCGGGAAUCUGGAACUCUCUCCCCUGAAAAACUGUUAGGCUGAGGGGGGUAAAUGCAUAUUUCUGAACUGGGACUGAUCAUUUCGUUAGACAGCUGAAUUAAGGUUUAUGGAACCAAGCUGGUAGAUGGAGUUAAGAUAUAACUCAAGUCGUGACCUAAUUAAAUGGUAGAACCAGACUAUGGAAGCCAAAUUACCUACUUCUGUUAUAAUGUUAUUCUGUUAAUAAAAGUUUUAAAAGUAACUUCGCUACAUACAAUACUCUCUUGCAGCUUUUUAAUGCAUCCAGUUGUGAAUCUUGUCACGAGUGGUGGGGCUGAAGUUUAAAAAAAAUGUAUAAGCUGAAUAUAUUAUGUGCAAAAUUAAAAAGUACUUGUUCCAUG